CAGGAAGCUCGGAUUACGGUUCAUAUUGCAGAGACACUGUCGCGACAGGAUUACAUCAUCAAGCUCUGCCGUGCCUUGAUGUUGUACGGAGCUCCAACUCAUCGGUUAGAAGAGUAUCUGAGCAUGACUGCCAGAGUCCUCGAGAUCGAUGGACAGUUCCUCUACCUGCCGGGAUGCAUGAUCAUCUCGUUUGACGACAGGUCGACGCACACGACAGAAGUCAGAAUUGUCCGUUCAGCUCAAGGCAUUGACCUGGGAAAGCUCAAGGACGUUCAUCUCAUUUACAAGGAGGUUAUGCAUGACUGUAUCGGCGUCGAGGAGGCUACCGACAAGCUGGAUGUCUUGAUGAAGCGCAAGGACAAGUUCCACGCUUGGCUGCGAGUCAUCAUUUUUGGACUCACCAGCGUCACGGCCGCACCCUUCUCUUUCGGAGCUCGUCUGAUUGAUCUCCCGCUCAUCUUUGCUUUCGGCUGUCUUGUUGGAGUACUGCAGCUCAUUGUGGCUCCCAACUCUGCCCUGUACAGCAACGUCUUUGAGGUUACCGCAACAGUCGUCGUCAGCUUCUUGGCCAGAUUAUUCGGCAGCAUCAACAACUCGAACCUGUUUUGCUUUGGUGCUCUCGCUCAAGGCGGUAUCGUCAUGCUUCUUCCCGGUUACAUGGUUUUGUGCUCUUCUCUUGAACUUCAGUCCAGGGCCAUCGUCCCGGGCUCAAUUCGUAUUGUUUACGCCAUUAUUUAUUGUCUUCUACUUGGAUUCGGCAUCACGGUUGGUUCAGCACUAUAUGGACUCUUUGACGAUACGCCGUCCAACCAAGCGACUUGCGAAAAUCCCAUGGACCCCUACUACGGCUUCAUCUUCGUGCCUCCCUUUGUUGUCUGCAUCAGCAUGAUCUACCAGGCCAAGUGGCGCCAGGUUCCCAUCAUGGUCAUCAUCGCCUUUGCCGGAUACAUGGUCAACUACUGGAGUGGACAACGAUUCAAGUCCAGCCCGCAGAUCUCUAGCACACUCGGCGCCCUGGCCGUCGGCGUGCUUGCGAACCUGUACUCCCGACUAAGACACGGCGUUGCGGCAGCCAUUCUCAUCCCCGCCGUCUUCUGUCAGGUGCCAGGAGGUCUGGCGUCGACUGGAGGUUUGCUGAGCGGCCUCAGUGUGGCCAAUGAGCUCACCAACAACAACGGGACAAUCAACGGAACGGCUUCUGUCCAGGUUGAGUCGGGAGGGAAGCUCGACAACCUGGUGUUCAAUGUGGCGGCUUCAAUGAUUCAGAUUGCCAUUGGAAUUGCUGCUGGCCUAUUUAUGAGUGCUCUAAUCAUCUACCCUCUUGGCAAGCGACGAAGCGGUUUGUUCAGUUUCUGAUUCUCGUUUUCACGGCGUUACCAGCAUUGCGAGGUUUUUUGCAUUGCAUACAAUGGAUGUAUUUUAAAAGUGGCAUUUAUCACAUAACGAAAAUAGCGGUUACAUGGGGGCGGGGGACAAAAAUUAGUUGCGUCACAGACGCUUUGCAUUUGGUGUUUAUGAAAUUGGAUAGGUCCGGGUAUUGAGAUUGUUUUCGUGUUUUCAUCCACAUCAUGAAUGAACGACAAGGUUUUAGAGGAGCAAGCAUAUAGACAGCAAGUUUAUGUGUCAAC